GAGAUUAUUCUGCGUGGUCGCAGAAUCACGUCUAGACGAGCAUCACACCCCAAUUUUAAAUGCCACACCAGUUUCAGGCGCUAGGACCCAGUGCACGUGUACGCUUCAUCACCGAGAGGUGGAGACGAUGAGACAAUGAGAAGGGAUGGAAAUGAAAUGCUGUAGUGAAUGAAAUGCGAAUCAGCGGUGAAUACUGGAAUUAGUAACCCUGGGAAGGCUGGUAGGGACGCACGAAAGGGAUUGCUAUUCUGCAGACCGGAGAAACAAUGCACUUGACCAAAGGAACAUUAUUUUAAUAGUUUUUCCUAUUGAAAAUGAAUAACAAGACACAAAAUUGCUAAAUAUCACUGGCAUAAUUUUUAACCAGAGUCGUUUCUUAUGUUUUGCAGUGGUAUUUUUUCCCCAUUCAUUUUCUUUUUUUGCGCUGCAAAUGCACGGAUUUGAACUAGCAAGUGAAGUACUGAACUGCGGGUUACAGGGAAAAAGCAUAAACCGAGGUGAACAGCAUGGUCGUAUAUUCUAAUAAACUGACAAAGCCGCGAGAUUGCGACACCAAUUCAGUUUAAUUCUGCUAAGCAAUUGCUGCCUCGGACCAUUUUGAUUUUGCACAACACAAGUUUUAAUCUAUGGAAAUGAAGAAAUAAAGAACUCCAAGUACCCUUCCGUGGACGUCUGUCACCUGCUUGAAGUGACAGCGAGGAACUCCGGAGACGGCAUCCGCAAACUGAACCUAAUCGAGCAGAAGUACAAAGGGUCCCCAUCAAGUGGAGGAGACCGAGGAGACGCUUCAUUUGGCAAGCAAAAACGAGUUAAACGCUCAUCACCUCCACUGGAGUCUUUUAAGCGGCACAACAACGUACGAUAUUUUAACAAUUUUUAUAUUUUUUAUGGAACAAUCGUCAUCACAUAGACGGGAAAUUCGACAAAUGCAUCAAUUAUCAUAAAUCCCACGUGUCUAAAUAUAUAAACAUUUUUAUUUAGGCUUGAAAUAUUUCUUGGAUCAUUUAAUACGGAAUUUAUAUUAAUUGAGUAGCUGUAUAUCUAGGUUCCGUAUAGAUAAUAGGCAUCGCAUUGUCACCUGCGCCUGACUGGAGCAGCAGGUCAGUGAAAUAGCCGGAAAGGUGCAUCAAGAGCGUCGAGUGGAUGCAGGAACAUGGAGGAGAAAAACAGGUCGCCAGCAGCUAGUGCCUUCAAACAGAAGACAAUCCAUCCAUCCUGGUCGGGGUCACGUGCCAAGGUGACCCUGUAUCCGGCCGAAGGAGGUGGCUGUGCGGGGGGGUCAACCAUUGGGAAGAUGGGCUGCUGUGGGGUACCUGUGGAGGACAUGCAGGCCCUAGCCAUCAAUUCGCUGUCCAGCGCCGACAUCCACAAGCACUACGAGCACAUCCGCGAGCUGGGAAAGGGCACCUACGGCAAGGUGGACCUGGUGGCUCACCGCACACAGGGAACAAAACUGGCACUGAAAUUUGUCAACAAGAACAAGACGAAGUUGAAGAGCUUCCUGCGUGAGUACACCAUCACGAACAACCUCAGCUGCAGCCCCUUCAUCAUCAACGUGCUUGACGUGCUCUUUGAGACGGAGGACAGCUACGUCUUCGGCCAGGAGUACGCGCCUGCUGGAGAUCUCUUCGACAUCAUUCCCCCGCAGGUGGGCCUCCCCGAGGAGAUGGUGAAGCGUUGCAUCCAGCAGCUGGGCCUCGCCCUGGACUUCAUGCACAGCAAGAGCCUGGUGCACCGCGACGUCAAGCCCGAGAACGUGCUCCUCUUCGACCGCGAGUGCCGGCGCGUCAAGCUGGCCGACUUCGGCAUGACGCGGCGCGUCGGCUGCCGGGUGAAGCGCAUCAGCGGCACCAUCCCCUACACGGCGCCUGAGGUGUGCCAGGCCAGCCGCACCGAGGGCUUUCUGGUGGACUGCAGCCUGGACAUCUGGGCCUUCGGGGUGCUCAUCUUCUGCAUGCUGACCGGCAACUUCCCCUGGGAGGCGGCCCUGCCGUCCGACGCCUUCUACGACGAGUUCCUGCGCUGGCAGCGCGGCCCCUGCCGCCCAGGGGUCUUCCCGUCGCAGUGGCGCCGCUUCACGGAUGACGCUCUGCGCAUGUUCCAGCGGCUGCUCGCCGUGGAGCCCGAGAAGCGCUGCUCCGUCAAGGACGUUUUCCACUUCAUCAAGUAUGAGCUGAUGAGCGCCCUCCGGAGGCGCACUUCCUGCCGGGGCAAGAGGGCUGAACGUACUGUGCCAGCCGGCCCCAGCGGUUCCACGGGCCCGCGGCCCGGCCUCCGGCACCCCGAGACCUCCACACCGCCCUCCACUGCCUGCCUGCGACCGGCGCCUCUUAAACGCAGUGUCCCGUCAGAUCCCAGCUCUGCCCGAUCUGACUCCGGGUUGCACCAGUCCCCUGGAAGGCAAGAGAAGGGAAAAGGCCAGAUGGUGAUGGCCACGGCGAUUGAGAUCUGCGUGUAAUGGACCCACCAGGCCACACGUUCUAAGCUCCAGCCCAGCCCUACAAGCCCCAGCACCCCCCACCCUGAAACCCGUAGUCCUCCCAACGGCUGGCCUCUCUAUCCCAUACGCCAGAGAGAUCAGUUUUUUACAUUCAGUUUACCUUUCCCUUCAAGGACAAGACAGAAAAAAAAGUAUUUAUCGUGCACAACUUCCCAAGGUUACGUGAAGCUGGUAUCGGACUCGCUUGGUUUUAAAAGGGCUUUGCAUCUGAAGUAUGACAGGCAGAGUAUAAUAUCUCAUGAUACCGUUUCCACAACAGCGAGCUCGGGGUCAGCGGCACGCCGUUCCUCACCCCGUUUUAUUAUCACCCUCUCCCCCCUCCUUUGCCCCGGAUCGACCCCGCCCGCCGAUUUCCUGCAAAGUGCUGAUCAAAGGGAACCUUUAAAGAACUCAUGUCUACACUUCGUUAGAGAGUUUUAAGGGAUCUUCCUUCCUUUUCCUCCGUGUUCCCUGAAGAGGCCCGGAUCUGCCUACUGUUGUUUGUCAGGAUCCGCGAGGGCCAGUGAUCCCAGGGGCACGUCGACCCGAAUCGAGCUCCCAACAUCCGCUGACUGCGGAUUAACCAACUGCCGAGAGGGACUUUUGUACAAGGAAAUGCAGUCGAAGCCGAAACGUUCCAAGGAGACGCAAGGCUGGAACCCUGAGUAACACACUCCAAACGGCUCCUUUUUUUCUUAAGUGCGUUUUCAAACCGUGUCUUAUAUAUGCCCAAGGACCUGGGCUGAGGAAAAAGACUCUGUGAUAAUGUAUAAGUAAUCUCAGGACUGCACUCAGGGGCAGACUUCCUGUUCUAGAGUUUUUCUACGUAGCCUUUUGAAGUUCUACCUUCAUUUAAUUACUCUCCGAGAAAGGAAAUGGGCUCUCAGAUGCCCCUCGUUUAGCGAGUAGCCUUGGUACGCGAACCCCGUUGCCGUAGAAGUGGUGCUGAAGGUUCACAUCUUCCAAUAUAGAAAGUAUGUGUCAGUCUUGUAAACAUUACACUGAAACAGCUCCUCUCUGCUGCUUCCCUUCUGUUCAAAAACAGGUUGUCGUUGUGUGUGCGCGCGUGUGUUUGCACGAGAGAGCGUGAAUGAGGUGUGAGGAGCGGACUCCCUUUUAGUAAUGACGACUUCGACAUGAACGGUGAAGCACAAUCUAUUACUGUACGGACCGAUGUUGCAUAGAGUUGCCAUUGUUUUACAUCAUCAGUCCACUGCCUGCUCACCGCUUCCCGAAAUAACAAAAGCACAUCAAGCUGCCAUGUGCUCUAAGUGAGCAGCAUCAGCUGCCUUCGGCACUGAUCAUUUGCGACACUUUGUGCUAUAUUGUGCGCCAGCCUAUUGAUCAAAUGUUUUUUUUUAAAGUUGCUGUCAUUAUGAAUGUUUUCAUCUCGUACAUCUACCUAUAAUAUUUUCCAUCUUUUCCAUUUACGUUUGAGGGUAUCUCUGUGGUCGGCUGCAUUAUAUCAACCCCCAGUAGCAUAUUGGGUAGUAUAGCUACGGUUUCAUACCUAGAAUAUACAGGUAGAAAUUCUUCAGUCAUAUCUGACAUUUAGAAUUUAACUGACUGCUCAUUGGCCGGCUUUCAAUUACUCUUUGCAAUUUCACCCACUCGGUAGUAGAACCUUCCCAGCAUGCACCGGAAAGAUGAUCUAGAGCACCUCGUCCAGUGAAUUCUCUGCCGGAAUCUAUUUAGAAGUAGAACAUGUGGGUAGCUUGAAAUGGGGGAGGGAUGGGUCUAAGGCUAAGGGGCUGCUGUUUAGAAAACUGUACUGUAUGUAGCAAAAAAUAGGACAAAACUGAAAACAUUUUUUCUAGUAGACAGGAACCUUAAUGCAAGGUUGUGAUUGGACAAGAAGCAAUUGGAUUUAUUACAUGUCAAUGUUCCGCCAUCAGCUGUCUCAUACAAGUUGUUGGGCUGUGAAGCGCACUGGCUCAUGUCGUCGCGGCUCUCAUCACACAUUUCUCUCUAUGAGUAAUCAACCAUUCAUCAGCCAGGCCAGAUGAUACCUGCAACUAUAUUUUGGAGAGUCCUCUGCAAAAUCACUUCAGGCUUCAAUCUGAGUAUCUCAGCCACUACUUCACUACUUCUGCAGAUCACUGAUUUCAGCCUCACGUUGUAGCAUAAAAACAUAUAGCGUAAUGCCAAACCACAAGAGCAAGACGGAAAAUGGCACACACUGAAAUGUGACGUGUUUCGUGUUCCAGUAAACAUAGACAGUUGAAACAUGCAGGUAUGUUUUUAGCUUCUCUUCUUAGGUCUUUAAGAGACAAUAAGGGUUUGUUUUCAUCUGUUUCAUCAUUUCCUGCCAUGUUUUCACUCUGCAUGGCCUCCGUAGUUUUAUUUUGUCCCAUUGACAUAAACACAGUAUUGUAGGUCAGCUGCUCUUGUCCAAUCACGUUCACGCAGGAUUUUAGGAAUAGUGACUAUUUCUGCCUUAGGGCUUUAUGUUUUCAAAUAGUGCAAUAAUGUAGAUGACAGAAGUAGUUGAACUAUGCUACUGUUUACCUCAGUUGUCCUACUUGUACCAGCUCAGCUUGUUUUUCCCCCUUUGUAUGAAUAUCUAUGAUGUAUAUAAUGGACAUUUACUCUGUCCAUCCACACAUAUUACAAAAAAAUCUCUAUGUCUCUUAGCCUAAGAAUUCAAAUUUGUGUACUGUACUUGAAUAUAAGUGUCAUUUUUCCUUACUCUAUGUGUCACUCGAAAAAGACCAGAAUUAAAGCUGAUAUUUAAAAA